UUUCUAUUUUAAAGAAGGUAAGACUUAGAGAGUUUAACUGACAUGGCCAAAUUCACACAGCUGGUGGGGCUUGGGUGGGAAGUUAGGUCUUUUGAUCAUUUAGUUCAGUGCUCUUUCCACCAAAAUGAGAUAGUAAUGGGAAAUUUGUGUGGAUACAGAGUACCCAAAUAGUGUGUCUAGGAAAGAAUCUCACAGUCCUGAUGCUUAGAACUACUUAUCUUUCAUUUUCAUUUAUACUAUCCAUGAUUAUUGGGUAAAUUUCCCAUAGUGUGAUAGCAGAAAAAUAGAUCCAGUUCCUUGUUGAAAUAUAAGAACAAAAGGUAGGUUCUCUGUCUAGCUGUGACCGGCUGAGGCUGCACAACAGCAUAGAGAUGGUAGCCUUGCCUGGCUACUGCAGCACUAGGGUGUCAGUUGGUCCCGCCCAGAACACUUCAGUUCUGCCCUGCAAAGAUAUAUUUAAUAACUGAUUGGUGUGCCCCUUUAAUACAAGAAAAUGGAAACUGAACCGCCAGAGGAAACCUUUCCCAACACCGAAACAAAUGGUGAAUUAGGUAAACGCCCUGCUGAAGAUAGGGAAGAUGAACAAGCUUUUAAAAGAUCUAGAAACUCUGAUGAGAUGGUUGAAUUACACAUUCUGCUUCAGAGCAAGAAUGCUGGGGCAGUGAUUGGAAAAGGAGGCAAGAAUAUUAAAGCUCUCCAUACAGACUACAAUGCCAGUGUUUCAGUCCCAGACAGCAGUGGCCCCGAGUGCAUAUUGAGUAUCAGUGCUGAUAUUGAAACAAUUGGAGAAAUUCUGAAGAAAAUCAUCCCUAUCUUGGAAGAGGGCCUGCAGUUGCGAUCACUCACUGCAACCAGCCAGCUCCCACUCGAAUCUGAUGCUGUGGAAUGCUUAAAUUACCAACACUAUAAAGGAAGCUACUACUGCGAGUUGAGACUGUUGAUUCAUCAGAGUCUGGCUGGAGGAAUUAUUGGGGUCAAAGGUGCUAAAAUCAAAGAACUUCGAGAGAACACUCAGACAACAAUCAAGCUUUUCCAGGAAUGUUGUCCUCAAUCCACUGACAGAGUUGUUCUUAUUGGAGGAAAACCUUAUAGGGUUGGAGAGUGCAUAAAGAUCAUCCAUGAUCUUAUAUUAGAGUCUCCCAUCAAGGGACGUGCUCAGCCUUAUGAUCCCAGUUUUUACGAUGAAACCUAUGAUUAUGGUGGUUUUACAAUGAUGUUUGAUGACCGCCGUGGAUGUCCUGUGGGAUUUCCCAUGCCGGGAAGAGGUGGUUUUGACAGAAUGCCUCCUGGUUGGGGUGGGCGUCCCAUACCUCCAUCCAGAAGAGAUUGUGAUGAUAUGAGCCCUCGCCGAGGACCUCCUCCUGUACGAGGGGGCCGGGGUGGCAGAGCUCGGAAUCUUCCUCUUCCUCCACCACCACCACCUAGAGGAGGAGAGCUAAUGGCCUAUGACAGAAGAGGGAGACCUGGAGACCGUUAUGAUGGCGUGGUUGGUUUCAGUGCUGAUGAAACCUCUGCAGUAGAUACAUGGAGCCCAUCAGAGUGGCAGAUGACUUAUGAACCACAGGGUGGCUCUGGAUAUGAUUAUUCCUAUGCAGGGGGUUGUGGCUCGUACGGUGAUCUUGGUGGGCCUAUUAUUACUACACAAGUAACUAUUCCCAAAGAUCUGGCUGGAUCUAUUAUUGGCAAAGGUGGUCAGCAGAUUAAACAAAUCCGUCAUGAGUCAGGAGCUUCGAUCAAAAUUGAUGAACCUUUAGAAGGGUCUGAAGAUUGGAUUAUUACCAUUACAGGAACACAGGCCCAGAUACAGAAUGCACAGUAUUUGCUGCAGAACAGUGUGAAGCAGUAUUCUGGAAAAUGUAAUGUUUUAGUUCCUUACAAACAGGCUUGGGGGUUGGGGGAGGGUGUGCAAAAACGAACAUUGACGAACAUUGAAAUUUUGAAACAGCAGCAGAGUGAGUGA